UUUCUCAGUACCAAAAAAAAGUAGAAAAAACACACACAAAAAAAACAAGAAAUCUUAGUGAGUGUGAGUGUAGAAAUGGCAGAAAACAAAGAAGAAGAUGUUAACCUUGGAGCCAACAAAUUCAGAGAGCCACAACCCUUAGGCACAUCAGCACAAACAGAUAAAGAUUACAAUGAACCACCAGCUGCCCCUUUAUUUGAACCUGGUGAACUAUCAUCAUGGAGUUUUUACAGAGCUGGAAUUGCAGAGUUCAUGGCAACUUUCUUGUUUUUAUACAUCACAAUCUUGACUGUAAUGGGUCUUAAAAGAUCUGAUAGUUUGUGUUCUUCUGUGGGUAUUCAAGGUGUUGCUUGGGCCUUUGGUGGUAUGAUUUUUGCCCUUGUCUACUGUACUGCUGGUAUCUCAGGAGGGCACAUUAACCCAGCUGUGACAUUUGGUCUGUUCUUAGCAAGGAAGCUUUCCUUAACCAGGGCAGUGUUCUACAUAGUGAUGCAGUGUCUCGGUGCCAUCUGUGGUGCUGGUGUUGUCAAGGGAUUCAUGCAGGGUCCGUAUCAGAGAUUUGGCGGUGGUGCCAAUGUGGUUCAACCCGGAUACACGAAAGGUGAUGGCCUUGGUGCUGAGAUUAUUGGGACCUUUGUUCUUGUCUACACUGUUUUCUCCGCCACUGAUGCCAAGAGAAACGCUAGAGAUUCACACGUUCCCAUUUUGGCACCACUUCCAAUUGGAUUCGCGGUGUUCUUGGUUCAUUUGGCGACCAUCCCAAUUACCGGAACUGGCAUCAACCCUGCUAGGAGCCUUGGAGCUGCUAUCAUCUUCAACCAAGACCAAGCUUGGGAUGACCAUGUAAUGGAUCUUUUGGGUUGGACCAUUCAUUGGAGCUGCACUUGCUGCAGUUUACCAUCAAAUAAUCAUCAGAGCAAUUCCAUUCAAGAGUAGAGCUUAAGAGUUUCAACCAUUUUCUUAUCUUUCUAGUGUUUGUCUAAAUGUGUAUUUUCUUCAAUUCAAAUGUCAUUUAUGUGAAAUAAAUUCUCAUCAAGUUGUAUGUAAAAGCUUCUUUCAAUGAAAUAAUUUUUAUUUUA